CGCCUCUAUAAGCGCCGCCGCGGGGCGGGCGCAGGAGCCGCGGCUCGACUCGUUCCGUCCUGUCCUGCUUUGCACCGCCCGCCCCGCCGGGAGCAUGUACCAGAGCCCCGUGCGCUGCCUCUGCUCGGCGCUGCCCGCACUCUGCUGCGCCCCCGCCGCUGCUUCGGCCUCCCUCCUGCCGCCCCGGCCCCGCUGCUCCCCACCGCCGCUCGGCCCCGCCGCCCUGCGGGCAGCAGCGCCGGGAGGCCCGCCCGCCCUGGGGGCACCGCCCCGCACAGUGUGUUCCAUGGGAAACAGCACCAGCCGGCUCUACAGCGCGCUCGCCAAGACGCUGAGCAGCGGCGCCGUGUCCCAGCACCAGGACUGCCUGGAGCAGCCGGACUCGGCACGGCUGGACCCUAUAGACCCCAAGGAUUUGCUGGAGGAAUGCCAGAUGGUGCUGCAGAAACGGCCACCCCGCUUCCAGAGGAGCUUUGUGAACCUGAGGAAGAACGCUGCCAGCAACCACCGCCCCAUUCGCGUCAUGCAGUGGAACAUCCUUGCCCAAGCUCUGGGAGAAGGCAAAGACAACUUUGUUCAGUGCCCCAUGGAAGCUCUGAAAUGGGAAGAGAGGAAAUGCCUCAUCCUGGAGGAAAUCCUGGCGUACAAGCCUGACAUCUUGUGCCUGCAGGAAGUCGACCACUACUUCGACACCUUCGAGCCGCUCCUCAGCCGACUGGGCUACCAGUGCACGUUCUUCCCGAAGCCCUGGUCCCCCUGCCUCGACGUGGAGCAGAACAACGGCCCCGACGGCUGCGCCUUGUUCUUCGUCAAAGAGCGCUUCCAGCUCGUCCACAGCGCCAACAUCCGCCUGACCGCCAUGAAGCUGAAGACCAACCAGGUGGCCAUCGCCCAGACGCUGAAGUGCAACGAAACCGGGAGGCUGUUCUGCAUCGCCGUCACGCACCUGAAAGCCCGCACGGGCUGGGAGAGGUUCCGCUCCGCCCAGGGCUGCGACCUGCUCCAGAACCUGAAGAGCAUUACCCAGGGCGCCAAGAUCCCGCUGAUCGUCUGCGGAGACUUCAACGCGGAGCCGACCGAGGAGGUCUACAGAGAGUUCUCCAACUCCAGCCUCAACCUCAACAGUGCGUACAAGCUGCUGAGCCCCGACGGGCAGUCCGAGCCCCCCUACACCACCUGGAAGAUCCGGCCCUCGGGAGAGUGCCGGCACACGCUGGAUUACAUCUGGUAUUCCCAGCACGCCUUGAACGUGAACUCGGCCCUGGGCUUGCUGACUGAAGAGCAGAUUGGGCCCAACAGGCUCCCUUCCUUCAAUUACCCUUCUGAUCACCUCUCUCUGGUGUGUGACUUUAGUUUUAACCAAGACCCCGACAGACUGCUGUGAGGUGUUGGAAUGCCACCUGGUAUUGAUUGCCGUGUCUUAACUCACCACUACUGUAUUUUAGAGAGAACUUUUGAAGCUGGAAGCUCCUGGAGGAUGAGGAAAUACCUUUGGUUAGAUGUUAUUUUGGGCACUCAUUUGGAGUUAUCCUUGUCCUUCAGCACUUGUUAACCUGGAGCCUCCCAAGAGAGGAAGAAAGGAGUUGUGGGGUUGAUUAGCCUGGAGGAAGCUCAGGGGAGACCUUAUUGCUCUCUACAACUACCUGAAGGGAGGUUGGAGACAGGCAGGGGCUGGUCUCUUCUCCCAGGCAAGCAGCACCAGAACAAGAGGACAUAGUCUCAAGCUGCACCAGGGGAGGUUCAGACUGGGUGUUAGGAAGAAGUUCUUCAUAGAAAGAGAGAUUGGCCAUUGGAAUGUGCUGCCUGGGGAGGUGGUGGAGUCACCAUCACUGGAGGUGCUCAGGAGGAGACUUGAUAGGGUGCUUGGUGCCAUGGUUUAGUUGAUUAGGUGGUAUUGGAUGAUGGGUUGGAUUGAGAUGAUCUUGAAGGUCUCUUCCAGCCUGCUCUAUUCUAUUCAUUGUUCUCCUGGUGGUGGUUUUGCCAUGUCAGGGCUUGAAAAAUGGAAGGAAAAUGAGCUUUAUCCUUUCACUAACCCCUGAGUUUAAGGAUUUAAUCCUCUAAUGAAUGUGGAGGCCUUACUAUGUCAAUCCAAACACUUGUGUUUGUAAAACAACUUGCCCUAACAGCAUGCUGCUUUUAUUUAUUUCAUGCUAAGCUUAUGCAGGUACCAAAGGGAACGAGGCCUCACUGCUCAGUGAGAUCCUCUUCAGUCUAUUUGUUUUCUGUUGCAAUGAUGCAGUUCAGACACAAACAAAUCUAAGUUCACAUUAACGUUUUCUUCUCCUUUUUAUGUGACUUGCUAAGAGGAUGUCACUAAAAGUGAAUAGGUAAUAGCACAGUGUGAGGAAGGCCCCCUCCAGUAAGACCAGGUGAGGA